AUGGCUCCCUCGGAAUCCACUCCGUUGCUCACUACUGUCGCUAUCGCGCCUCGGCGGUACCGAUACCCUCACCACGCCCUUCGACGAUCCUGUAAUUUCAUCCUGGGCUUCAUCCUCGCUGUCUCUGUCCUUCUCUUUCUCAUCCCCUCUGCCAUUCUUCCUCGCGAGCAUGGGUCCAUCUGGUCCUACCUUCCCUGGGCGAAUCCAUUCCCUCAUGCCUCCUGGCCUCACGGCCACGGCCUGGGCUUCGAAGAGCUGCAGGCUCUGCUUCACGAGACUCCAUCCGCCGAGAAGGCUCGGGAAUGGAGUAGCUACUACACCGCCGGUCCCCAUCUAGCUGGCAAGAACCUGAGCCAGGCCGUAUGGACCCAGGAACGGUGGCAGGAGUUCGGAAUCGACGACACUAGUAUUGUCGCCUACGACAUCUUCCUCAACUACCCCGUAGAUCACCGGUUGGCCCUCCUGAAGAAGAUAGGCGACACCACCGAGGUGACCUUUGAGGCCACCUUGGAGGAGGACAUCCUCGAGGAGGACCACACGACCAACCUGACGGAUCGCGUGCCGACUUUCCACGGAUACUCGGCGAGCGGGAACGUCACGGCGCCCUUCGUGUUUGCCAACUUCGGCACCGUGUACGACUUCCAGGACCUGAUCGACGCGAACGUCAGCCUGGCCGGCAAGAUCGCCAUCUGCAAGUAUGGCCGCAUCUUCCGCGGGCUGAAGGUCAAGCGGGCGCAGGAGCUCGGCAUGGUGGGUGUCAUCUUAUACGAUGACCCGGAAUCGGACGGGGAGAUCACCGAGGAGAACGGCUACGAGGCGUAUCCCAAGGGUCCUGCGCGGAACCCGAGCGCCGUGCAGCGCGGUAGUACGCAGUUUUUAAGCAUAGCGCCGGGUGACCCGACUACCCCCGGGUAUGCCUCUAAGCCCGGCUGUGAGCGACAGGAUCCGUUCCACUCGAUCCCGUCCAUUCCCUCCCUGCCUAUCUCGUACCAGGAGGUGAUCCCACUUCUGAAGGCACUGAAUGGCCAUGGUCCCAAGGCCUCGGACUUCAACAAGUGGUGGCAGGGCGGUAAGCUGCAUUCCAAGGGUGUAGAGUAUAACAUCGGUCCUACCCCGGAUGAUAUCGUCAUCAACUUGUACAAUGAGCAGGAGUAUGUGACGACACCCCUCUGGAAUGUCAUUGGAGUUGUGAAAGGCCACAUCCAAGAUGAGGUGGUGAUCCUGGGCAAUCACCGCGAUGCGUGGAUUGCUGGCGGUUCGGGCGACCCCAACAGUGGAUCGGCCGCGCUGAAUGAGGUCAUCCGCAGCUUUGGCGAGGCCCUCAAGGUGGGCUGGAAGCCGCUUCGAACCAUUGUCUUUGCCAGCUGGGAUGGUGAGGAGUACGGGCUGCUAGGCUCGACGGAGUGGGUGGAAGACCAGCUCCCGUGGCUCUCCAAGGCCAACAUUGCCUAUUUGAACGUGGAUGUGGCCGCGGCCGGCACCGUGCUGGAGCCACGGGCUAGCCCGCUGAUGAACCAGCUCAUCUACGAGGUGACCGGCUUGGUGCAGUCUCCCAACCAGACCGUGCCGGGUCAGACCGUGCGAGAUGUCUGGGAUGGCCAUAUUGCUACGAUGGGUAGCGGCAGCGACUUCACAGCCUUCCAGGACUUUGCGGGCGUUGCUAGCUACGACCUUGGCUUUGGACGGGGUCCCAAGGAUGCCGUGUACCACUACCACUCGAACUAUGAUAGCUUCGAUUGGAUGGACCGGUUUGGCGAUCCGAGCUGGAAAUACCACGAGACAUGCACCAAGAUCUGGGCGCUCGCCGCGGCCAAGUUGAUCGAGACUCCGAUCAUUGCCUUCAAUGCGACCGACUACGCUCUGGGGCUGGAGCAAUACCUCAGCCAGAUCAAGCCGGUGGCGAAGCAGCUCCCCAAGGGCACGUCGUUUGACUUUGCGCCUCUGGACCAGGCUAUUGCGCAGUUCCAAGCGGCGGCCGCGCGGUUUGAGGCCCACGCGGCGGACCUGGCCUCGCAGCUGGGCGAGGAUGUGCCAUGGUACCAUUGGUGGAAGAAGGUGCGGCUGCUCUUCCAGAUCCGCGUGGUGAACGACAAAUACAAGAGCAUUGAGAAGCAGUUCUUGUACCAGCCGGGUCUGGAUGGCCGCAGCUGGUACAAGCACGUCGUGUUUGCCCCCGGCAUCUGGACCGGCUAUUCCGGGGCGACUUACCCGGGCCUGGUGGAGAGUCUGGAAGCGGGCGAUCUGACAAACUCCCAGAAAUGGCGCUCCAUUAUUUUGGAGCGCAUCGAAGCGGCCACUCGGCUGCUGCAGUAG